AUGGGAAUCUUUGGAACAUCGUCACCGUUCGACGCAGACGUUGAGCGUGCAACAAGUGAAAAUAACACAAGUGAAGAAUGGGGACUUAUAUUGGAGAUUUGCGAUCGAGCUGGUGCAAGUGCCACAAAUUCAAGAGAUUGUCUCCGUGCUGUGAUGCGACGUCUUGCUCAUCCAGACCCUCAUGUACAAGUCCAUGCAGCUACUUUACUUGAUGCUUGUGUAUCAAAUUGUGGAAAGAUAUUCCACUUAGAGGUUGCAUCACGUGAAUUCGAAAUGGAAUACCGCCGUUUACUCUCCCGUGCCCAACCGGCUGUUGCCCAGAAAUUAAGAGCAUUGCUACGGAAAUGGGCUGAGGGAGAGUUCAGGAACGACUCCCAACUUGAUCUGAUUCCAUCUCUACAUACUAAGCUGUGUGCAGAGAUAGGAGAAAAGACUGUUACUGUACCUAGUACUGAUACACAGCAAUCUGCCAAAGACGUAGCAGCUCAACGAGAGCAAGAAGAGUUAGCUCGAGCGAUCGCUCUUUCACUAAGAGAGGCCAAUCCCACAGCAGGACCCGCUAACACAUCGACCUCGAAGACUCUUUAUCCCCGCGUGGAGACGACAAGUGAGCCCCCACCUGCGAGAAAAGUCCGCGCUUUGUACGACUUUGAAGCCGCUGAAGAUAAUGAGCUGACCUUUGUAGCUGGAGAAAUAGUACAUGUGACUGAUUCCACCGACCCCAACUGGUGGAAAGGCUACAAUGAGCGUGGCGAGGGAUUGUUUCCAGCGAAUUUUGUUACCUCCGAUCUUAGUGAACCAGCUCCAGAAAGUGAAACUCGUCCGCCAGCGACAUCUAGCGGCAAAACCGUGCAAUUCGCACCCGAGACACCUCUGCGCAUAGACGAAUCUUGUAUGGACGAUGCCCUCGCCUUACUCCACGAAGCAGAUCCAACUGGUGAAACUCCAGAUGACGCACGUCAGUCAGAGCUUGAAGCACGCGUAUACGCUAUGGGACCACUCGUUGAUGCCGCACUGGAGAAGGCUGAUAGGCGCCACGCCCGCCUGACCCAGCUUAGCGCAGACCUAGUAGACGCUUUGAAUCUCUACCAUGAGCUUAUGCGCGAACCGAAGCCGAUGUACCAGCAGUACAUGCCGAUGAUGGGCGUGCCCCCUGGACCUUCUCACCCUCAUAUGGGCCCCCAGCCACAACCGCCUAGGUAA